GUUGCUUCAAAGUCUGUCAGAAUAAGAUCCUCUGCUCUUCGGGUUCGGGCUGUUAUUCGAGUGAAGAGCGAUGUAAUGGAGUUCCCGAGUGUAGCGACUAUUCCGAUGAGAAGAACUGUUCCCUCGACUUGUGCCGCGCCGAUAGAGGAAGCUUUCUAUGCGGUAACGGACGCUGUAUUCGCGCCAUUUGGACAUGCGACAGAUCUAAUGACUGUUCUGAUGGAACCGAUGAAAUAAAUUGCCUGAAGAACAGUGUAAUAACGGCUGCAAUAAUGGGUUCGCUAAUCUGUGGCCUAUUGUUGGUGAUCGCCAUCUCCUGCACGUGUAAACUCAUAGCUCUGAGACAAGUGGAGAGACACCACUCAAGUACUCAUACCUCUCCAUCACAUAUAUCUCAUA